AUGACAAGGAAGAAAGUGAAGCUUGCUUUCAUAAUGAAUGACUCAGCAAGGAAAGCAACCUACAAGAAAAGGAAGAAGGGUUUGAUGAAGAAGGUGAAUGAGUUGAGCACAUUAUGUGGCAUUGAUGCAUGUGCCAUAAUAUAUAGCCCAUAUGAGGCUCAACCCGAGGUGUGGCCAAACAACAUUGGUGUUCAACGCGUGCUAGCACAGUUCAAGAGAAUGCCAGAGAUGGAGCAAAGCAAGAAGAUGGUGAAUCAAGAGAGCUUCAUCAAGCAAAGGAUCACCAAAGCAAAUGAGCAACUCAAGAAGCAGAUCAAGGAGAAUAGGGAGAAGGAGAUGACUCAGGUAAUGUACCAAUGCUUGACUGGAAAAGGGUCGAUAACGAACUUGAUCCUGCCGGACUUGAAUGAUCUUGGUGGGUUGGUAGAUCAAACCAGAAAAGAUAUCUCUAGGAGGAUUGAGUCCCUAAAGAAAGACCCCAUGGUAAGUGUUGGCGAUCAUGCUUCGAGCAGUACUAAUGAAAUGAUGAUGAGAGGACAUGUGAUGCAGGCAUGGGAGAACAGACCUAUGGUUGAUCCUAAUAUGAGUGGUAUGGGUGGGAUGCAAAAGACUCAAUGGUUCACAGAUUGGAUGAACAAUCCAUCUGAACAAAAUAUGGGUCUUGGUCCCGGGUAUGAGAUGGCUCCGUUUGUUGACAACCUGAAUCUGAUGUGGCCAAACCAUUAUUUUCCAUGA